GGGGGGCUGAGGGGAGGGGGAUCGCCGCCUCAGGGCUGUAGUGGAGGGACUCCCCAAGGAGUUUUACGGUUUUUUGUGAUUAUUUUUGGGUGUUUUUCCCCCCUUUUCUCGCAGGGCUGCCGGAUGAGAAGGCGGCUGGGUGGCCGUGCGGCGCCUCAGCCAGCGGGAGCCGCCCCCCCCUCAAGGCUCCAUGCCGGCUGCUGCCCGCUCCGGGCUAACGCCUGGCAGCGGCCCCGGCCCCUAUGAACCCGGCCCGGCCGCGCUCCGCUUCGCCUCAGAAAUUCAGCCCGAGCUUUGAGAGCAGCACCAUUGAGAAGCAGAGGCGAGAGCUCCAGGUUUUAAUCGCAGAACUGAAGGAUCGAGAGGAGGAGCUGAAUGCCAUGGUUGCUGUGCAUCAGAGGGAGCGCCUCGCCUGGGAAGAUGAUCGGCAAAAAAUACUGACUCUGGCAGAACGAUGCACCUUGCUAAACAAUGAACUGAACAAGAGAAAUGACAUUAUAAAAUCAUUAACCAAAAAGUUAAAGCUCUUAGAAUCUCAGCAGAGUGACAGUAAGGCAAUAUGUGAAAUUACACAACAGAAGUUUAAAGAGCUGUCUCAGAAACUAAUAGAUGUGACUCUUCACUGUCAGGGUCUGGAGGAGGAAAAUCAAAUUCUCCGCUGCUCCGUUUUGGAACUGUCUGCUAAGAAAGGUCAGCUGCAAGCUAGAGAACAGGAGCUUCUUAAAAAGCUUGAGCUGAAGGGAGAGGCUGUACUUGAAACAACUGAUUACAUUGCUGAGUUUACAUCUAAAUUAAAGCUGGAGAGUGCACUGCGUGCAGCAAAGGCAGAAGAAUUCAGUCUCAACAAAGAAAAGCAGGACCUCAGACUGAGACUGAGAGAACUAAUACUUGAAACAGAUAAGCUGAAAGAUGACCUCUGUGAAAAGAUGAAAGAAAAUAAUAAGCAGCAGGAAGAAAUCAUUCACCUCAAACAAGAAAAUGUCGUCUUGAAGAAUGAACUUGCACUUAAUGUUGAGAAAGCAAAGAGAAAGGAUCAACUUCUUCAGUUUGCCAAGUCUAAACAAGUACGGACUGACACGGAGCUAUCAAGUUUGCGACAGCAGAUCUAUGUAAAACAGCAGCGUGACUUGCAGUUUCUUCAUGUCAACUUGGAGAACUCUCAGGAAUUACGGCAAAAGCAUGAAAAGGUGGCGUAUGAAAGGAGUGAAGAAAAUGUGGAUCUGAAUUCUUUUCACUCGGAUUCUCCCCGUUGUUUGACGUCCACCCAGAAAGGAGACAGACCUCAAAGAUGUGAGAAGUUCUCUGAUGCAAACUCCUCCUUGGACAUCGGAUGCCUGUUACCCCACAAGUAAGCUGCAGCGUGCAUUGGCUGAGUCUCAACAGAUGGUUGCUGAUCUGGAGCUUAGCACUCUCCUCCACAUGAGCCCUCACUGCAGUCCAAACAGCAGCAGCAUUAAUACGGUAUUUGUUGCUCUUCUGUGACUAGAUUUAGGUGACUGGGAAGAGUCACUGUGAACACUGUGCUUGACCUGUGUGACAACAUUAUAAGCAAUAUCCUCCUCAUGCUUUGCUGCAGAGCAAACCCCUGCAUUUCUUUGCAUAAAAUGCUUGGAUUUUUUUAUAGGAUUUUUUGUGGCUCCUUAAGGUCAUGACAGGAUUUGACUUUUGCAUGUGUCUAAGCAGAUGGAAGGAAGAAGGCAUUUUGGAGCAAGCUGUAGGAGGUCUAGAAAAAAGCGAGCACAAGUAUGACUUGCACUCAGAACUGGUUUAUUAUGCUGGCUAUAUUUGUGGAAAGGAGGACAGUACAGGAAAUGGUGAUACAGAGAAUGGUUUUGUGUAGGAAUAUAAGCCUGACUCUCAGCAUAAAUAACCUUUGAAUUUUUGUGGGUUAAUAGUUUUAGUUCUUUCAUUGCAGGGUCAGAGAGCAUACUGAAGGGGCAAAGAACCCGUCUAACAGCUGUCACAGCAAUGCGUUUUAUGAACAUGAACUCUGAUAGGAGGUUUCUGUCCUGAGUAUCUGAGCUACAGGAGUCAUUGGAGAAGGAGGCACUUGUUUGUUUUCAUAAAUAGCCUUAAGAAUUUCUGCUUUGACAAGAUUUGUAACAAAGGAGAUUGUAUCACUUGUCACUAGUGUUGAUAGGGAUCACAAAGGGAGAAUUUGGGCUCCUAAUGAGAAGGCUGCAUGCUGAAACUUCAGCUGUGCUUUUCCUCUGAAAGUAUUACCUCUCCCUAAAAAUGUUGCACUCCUUGAGGCCUUAGAUGAACUUGACCAGAACAAUAUUACUGUAAGUACCGGAGAAACAAAAGUAAUUCUGAUAACAUUGAGAACCAAAAAACCUUAGUUAUGCUGGGACUGGCUGACAGAGGAUAAAGGUUGUGUGCCAGCAUUUGCAUAAACUGAAAGGAUAUUUUGUUCAGAAGUUCAUCUGCAGGAUUUCAUUCAGCCUGAAAGACGGCAGCAGUGUAGUCCUUUGCAAAGACUAUCUUGUGGGAUGGAUUCCUGAAAAGCCCUCUGCAGAACAGUAGUUGCUUGUGGCUCUUGCCCAGCCCCAUCAGAUGUCUGGCUCCUGCUCUGAUUGGCAUGCCACAGCUCGGCUGAACCGGCCAUCCUUUAGGCGAGAGCACGACGCUGCUUUACAACCUGACACUGCGUUUUUCAGCUUGGGAAUUGGCUUCUCCUUUGGAAUGGCUGUUGCUUCGGCGGGUAGAAAAUAAAGCACGCUCAUAUUUUCUGGCAAGGGUAGCUUCUGCACCACAUCUGUAGAACUUUGAUCUACUUUCGGAGCAGUUCUGGGCAAAAACUUGUCAAGCAUGUUCUGGUUAAUCUAUGCAGGCUAACUAAUCUCUGCUUAAAACCAGGUCUACCUGAGGCUGUUUUAAACUGCUCUUUAAAACACAAUGCAUGUAAAAAAAUAACCCUUAAAAUUUAAUCAGUGAGAAUUUGUGCCUGAUGAAUUCUGUGCCCUCUUUAGGGGAGGGGGGAGAAGAGGAGGGAAAUAAAAAGUGUACCAUUGCUGCCCGCCAGUUUGAAUCUGGGACCUCUGUAAUUCUUAUUGUCCAAGUUCCUUGAUUUCCAUGUAGUGUUUUUGCAUUACAAUAUAGACAACAGAACUUGCAGAGACUCUUCACAGAACGCAGUUGUCUGGUGCAGAAGAAAGAGGUGCUAAGCUUCCGUUCUUUUCUCUAUGAUAUUUUGUGAGUAUGCUUUUUUUUUCCCCACUUGAUUUAUUUUUGUUUGUUCUCAUUAUAAAUGCAUCUGCAAUAUUAAUACAAGUCUCUGGGCUUCUGAGAUGGGCCUGGCACAAGAUUCUAAGUGCACUGCUCUGAAUGCAUUUCCGAUAAAACUCUUGUGAGUACUGUAGCAGCAAACAGAUACUAAGGCAGCCAGUAAUUCCUUUAGUCAAAUAAUUAAACUUUUUCUCAAGCAUGUUUCUAACGCUUCCUGCUCAGAAAAAGUCUGGGCUGUCAGAUCUUGCAGGUCCAUUCCUGAGCCUGCAGCUUUUCUUGUACCUGCACACAGCUUAUUGUAGUUGGAGUCCUUCUGUGUGUUACAGAUAACAGGAUCAAGGAUAUGAACAUUGUUGAGUAAGAGAUUGGGAAGUGUUUUUCAAUGCCACGGCCAAGGGCUGUUUUAGCAUAUUGUUCCAGGGCUCAGAUCUCCAAAAGUAGAAUGUAUUGAGUAGAGCUGUUUCUGAAUAUAAAAAAAAAGCAGCCUUGCCCAUACCAGAUUGUUCUUCCUUUUCUAAAUCAGGAAAUUUCUCACUGUCUGAUUAUUUGUUCUACCAAUGUGAGUUGGAUGCUUGCAAGAGGCACCGUGUCGUCUGGUUCUGAGGACAAAAGGGUAACCAGAUAUGGUUAAAACACAGAAAACCACAUGAAACUGAGUAACAGCUAGCAACAAUGGGGGAAAGAAAAAAAAAAAAAAGGAAAUCUUCCAGUGCUGACACAACCCCAGAGCGUGUCUGCAAAGGGAAAUUAUUACUCUGUAAGCUGGAGUGUGAAGCUGUGUGGCAGUGGCUUUCUAGUAUUGGUUCUUCAUGGGGACAGUGGGGGUGCUCUUAUGCAAUUUUGGGCCAGUGGAGGGCUCAGUUCUUUUCUCGGUAUAUUCAAACUGCACUCUGUGUCUCUUCUGUGGAGCUGAACCUUUCAUGCCCCUGGGAAGUGGUGUUGGUUUACAGCACCCUGACGUUCUGCUGUUUCGGCAGGUAUGCUCUGCAUUAAGCGCAGAGACACUGAGUCUUCUCUCAAAGUGAGUUGGGUCUGCUUACUGCACGCUAAUGGGGCUCUCAGAGGAAAUGGAUGCUGAGUAGCUGGAAUGCCCGGCCUCGCUGUGCUGUAAUAUUCCUGUGCAGAGAUCUCUUCUUUUCCUAUAAAGAUAAGCCCCAAGCUAAAAGAAGCAGGAGGGUUUGUAGAUCGAAACCAGCGCUGUGACUUGCAUCCUGAAACCACUGAUGUUAAAAAGUUUCAGGAGCAAAUCCCCAAAAUUGCUGAGCACCGUGCUGAUGCAGCAAAGUGGUAAGCACAUGCUUAGCCUACAGAAAUAAUCUCAUUUGCUUCAAGUGAGAAAGAACUGAUGGAACAAACGUACCCACAAUUCACUGUAAAUCCAUGACCAGGUUUAGUGACUCUGCAAGUCACUGGCUGCUGAAUAAAUCUUAAUUUUUUUUCUCUUAAUAAAAGGCAUUGAAUCAACUGUGAUGAGUUAAAAACAAAGCAGCUUUUGCAGGUUCAGAAGUAACUAACGUGUUCAUGCAAUUUCGUAUUGAAAAGUGAUGGAAUUUCUUUUUUGUUGAUUGCUUUCAAGUCACUUGAUGGCAGGUGCAGUGCUAAACAUUAGGUUAAUUUCCUGCUGACAGUGGUUUAGCCAUUUUUACCAGUCAGUCAUUUUCUCUUCAGAGAGAAACUGAGCUGGGGAGAGCUGAAGAGCCACACAAAGGAGGAAAGCACUGGGAAAAAAAGGAUCUGUUUGGUUUUGGACAGCGUACUGUGUGCCACUUCUUGUUAACUGUGACUCAGUGGCAGGCCAAGGGCACAAAGAUCACUCCUUUUUGCAAAACGAAAUUAAAACAUUUUAUUUCAUAA